AUGAUCGUCAUGCACGAUCUCAAAUCUUUGCAACUAGACGAUGAAGAUUCAUCGAAAUAUUUUAUCAAUUAUAUAAACGAAGAGUCUGAUGACAAUGGCGAGCAGAAUGCUAAUCAAAAUGAAUCUGAGCCAACACAUUCGCCCACUGAUAAUGAUGAUGUCGAUGUUUCAUCAUUACCAACGAGUCUCAUCAUAACGCCAGUUCCACAAGAAUUAUUUACGAAUCAACAACUUAAAGAUGAGUUCGAAGCGCUAUUUCGUGCUUAUGAUUCGCAAAUAAUUGUACUUUAUUUGAAAUUUUUCCAACGUGUACGAAUUACAUAUACAUCGCCGCAUAACGCGCUACAAGCCCGAUUGCAUUUACAUGAACAUCUAUUUCAUGGAACGACUUUCAAAACUUAUUUUGCAUGUCCGAUUAUAUUCCGCGGUGCGAAUUCAGAAAUGUACUUACGACCGCCUGAGCCAGAAAAAUUGUUUCUUAUUUCACCUCCUGUAAGUCCACCCGUUGGUUGGGAACAGAAAGUCGAAGAUCCACCUGUUGUUGAUUUGAACCUAAUUGCUGCUAUCGCACAACUUCAACCUAAUCAAUCUCAUCAUUUACUAGCAUCGGAAGAUGGUUCUAAUGCUCCGUCUAUUAUCAUUCACACGUGCGAUGAUGGCGAAGAAAGCAAUAUGAUUAGCCGAGAGAAGUCAAUGAAACUAGCGUUAAUUCAAACGCGACGACCGCCGGGAACAGAAUGA